UGAAAGCAAGUGUUAAUAAACAUCUGUAUCUCAGUUUAAAUAACGCGUGCUUUUACGUUUCUUGAACGAAGGUUUGCCACUUGCUGUGAAAAUAUGUUCAGUACGAAGGAUGUGAAGAGACUAGCAGAGUUGCUGAAAACAGAAGAUCAUGAAUCCGACAGCGACGAUGACUUACCAAAAUCUGGUCUCGCUCGAUUAGGCCCUGGUGACGUCGGUCCCACAAAGAAACAAACGGGCAUCUCAACUGCCGGUGACAAAAAGAAGAGCAGUGACGUGAAAGCUGUCGAUGGAAGAGGCGACGCGGAGAUCUGUCUUGAUCAGAAGGCCAUCUGGAGCGACGACGAGGUGGUCGAAGUGGACGACAUGGAGGACCCCCGAGAAGAGCCGCGCUACCACUUCUCUUACCGGCAGGACGUGGGGGCGGAAGACGUCUACCUGCAGUUGGGCCCGCGCACCCCGGCGACGGCGAGUUGCGAGUGGCUGGUGUUGGAGGUGUGGCUGGAGGGCGAGCGCCGCUGUGACGUCGACGUGUCGCUGCAGCCGCAGCGGCUGGAGCUGCGCUCGCCUCGCUACCGCCUGUCGCUGGCCCUGCCGCAGCCCGUGCUCCCAGACAGCAGCGCCGCUACCUGGGACCCCGACAACUACGUGCUCAAAUUGCGCAUGCGCAUGUCACGCGAACUGGAUUUUGUCAACUUCUAG